AUGCAUCUUUUUUUGUUAGUAUAUAUAGGCAAUUCUGUACCUGCAUUCUCCAUGCCCUGGGGAUCUAUGGAAGUUCCACACAAUAUCACAGAAUUUUUCAUGCUGGGACUCUCACAAAACCCGGCGGUGCAGAGAGUUUUAUUUGUGCUCUUUUUGAUCAUCUACCUGGUCACAGUUGGUGGGAACAUGCUCAUUGUGGUCACCAUUACCUGUAGUUCCACCUUAGCAUCCCCAAUGUACUUUUUUCUAGCCAACUUGUCCUUUAUAGACACCUGUUAUUCCUCCUCCCUGGCUCCUAAACUCAUUGCUGACUCCUUACAUGAGGGCAGAGCUAUUUCCUUUGAGGGCUGUCUGGCUCAGGUCUUUGGAGCCCAUUUUUUUGGAGGUGUUGAGAUCAUCCUGCUCACAGUCAUGGCUUAUGAUCGCUAUGUGGCCAUCUGCAAGCCCCUGCACUACACCACCAUCAUGACUAGGCAACUCUGUGGCCUGCUGGUGGGGGUAGCUUGGCUGGGGGGCUUCCUGCAUUCAUUGAUUCAGCUCUUCCUGGUCCUUCAGUUGCCUUUCUGUGGGCCCAAUGUGAUCAACCACUUUGUCUGUGACUUGUACCCCUUGCUGGAACUCGCCUGCACCGACACCUUUACCAUCGGUCUGCUGGUGGUGGCCAACAGUGGUGUGAUCUGCAUGUUGAACUUCCUGAUGCUGGCUGCUUCCUACGUCAUCAUCCUGCGCUCCUUGAGGUCCCACAGUGCAGAAGGGAGACGCAAAGCCCUCUCCACCUGUGGGGCCCACUUCACUGUGGUUACCUUAUUCUUUGUGCCCUGUAUAUUCACUUACAUGCGCCCAGCAUCUACUUUACCUAUAGACAAAAACAUGGCAGUUUUUUAUGGUAUUCUGACACCUAUGUUGAAUCCACUCAUUUAUACCCUGAGAAAUGCAGAAGUGAAAAAUGCCAUGAGAAACCUCUUCACACAGUAUGAACGUGCGGGUGGACAGUGA